AUGAACAUCGUUCAGCGCCAUAAGCUGCGGAACCUCCGUGACCGCAGCAUCGCCGAGCACUUUCACCUUGAUUGGGAGGUGUUCGAGGAGCUCCAUGCCAGACCACAGAUGGAGGCCGCGGUCCGCUCCCCUGCUUGGCAGCGUCUUCUCACCCUCGCCGAGCCGACCUACAAGGAGCUGGUCUGGGAGUUCUAUGCCACCUUCCACCACAACUCGAAGGGGAACUCCGACCAUGCUGAUGCCGUUCAGUUCACCCUCGGCGGGGUGGAGCACUCCCUCAGUUACUGGGAGUUCGCCAAUGCACUUCGUCUCAAUUCCCGAGCAGCAGGCAGGCCUCCUCUCCGCUUGGACCUCUCAGAUCCCACCGACUUCGCUUGCCAGGCGUACUUUCAGAGCAUUUGUCUGCCGGACAGUGUGGAUGAAGAGUACGUGGCCAGCCAGACGCGGGCUGCUCUCCUCCGUCCAAAAUGGAGGAUCCUCAACCACCUGAUGUGCACUUCUUACACACCCAGCCAGGGCUCGUCCAACCGGGUCACACUCCGGACUCUCUGGUUGUUGCAUGCGAUGGGUCGUUCUGAGGACACCAUCCAGCUGGGCUUUGUGCUUGCCCAGACGUUCACUAAGGCAACCAUCAGCACGACUCGCAGCCUCAUUUGUGGCCCGGUGAUCACCGCCUUGGCCCGCAACUAUGGGGUGGACUACACAGGGAUGACAUUGCUCGCCUCAGGCGUGUGCGCUGGAUCGCGGGCCUUCCUCAGCCACCUAUACCUGCAGAGGGCGACCAGGCCGAGUCGAGCCGCUGGUGGGCGCCGAGUUCCCCGUCGCGUUCCCCGUCGUGCCCAGGCUCCCGCGAGCCCCUCUCCUGCUCCCCGGUCUCCUUCUCCAGGGUCACCACCUCCAGUGGUGGUGCCCAUCUCCGACCAGUUGGCGGCGAUCUCGCAGCAGAAUGAGCGCAUCCUGGCCGGCCAGGAGCGCAUCCACACUCACCUUGACCGCGAGCGGGACCGAGGGCGUCGUCUCAUGUCGGGGCAGCACUACAUCAUGUCCUACUUGGGCUUGGACCCGAACGCGGUCCACUACCCAUUCGUGCAGUCCCCAGGAUUUGAGGAUGAGUACCCUCCAACCGCCGGUGAUAGUGGUGAUGCCUUCUAG